AUGGGGGGUUCAGAAAGCAAGGAAUCUGCCGCCCCAAAAUUAUUUACCGAGAGGGAGCUCUUGUGUAUCCAGUCGAAAUACGAUAAGCUGUUUAAAUCUUUACACUCUUUUCAGGAAGGACUUGUGCCAUUAAACAAGGAGUUAAGCAGGAAUUUACACCAGUACAUCAGCCAAAUUCAGACACAUCACCAUGGUCACCAGAAACACAAACACGGAGUGACUUUACAGCAGUUUCAAGUGUUUGUAUCACAUGCUUUGAAGGGCACCUACGAAGAAAAGGCAGCCAUUUUCUGUGGAAUGAAAAAUUCAACACAGAUUAGUGCAACUGAUGUCUCUGAUGUGACCACAGGUCUACUACAGGUGUACAAACAUUACCUGGUCCAGCUCCCCCACUGGAGGGGGAUCCACACCCUCAACACGGGAGGGAAGGGGGAUAAGCAGUUUGUGUCCUACCUUACAAAGGGACUUACAGCUAGUGAAGAGAAUGAGAAAAUGUGCAUCAGUGAUAUAGAAACCUGGAUGUCCAAAACGCCACAUUUUAUGAACAUCUUUGACACUGUGUUCAGUAUUCUAUUCCAGUUUGAGAAUGAAAAAGAGAUAUUGGAGAAUAUGGCAGCAAUGGUGCCAAUACCAAUAUUUGUGGGUCAUCGUAAUGAGGCAGUCCAGAGUGUACUGGACCACAAUUCUGUGUUGUUUUUGAACUAUAACCUACCCACCAUGCAUCAGUCGCAUUGGCGCUUCCUGUUCAGCAACUCAGUUUUCGGGGACAGUUUCUCUCAGCUCUUAACACAAAUUAUAAAUAAGGGUCCCACCCUACUGGUGGUCAGGGACAAGACGGGGCACCUGUUUGGGGGCAUGGCCGCUGACAGCUGGGAGUGUAGGGCUAAAUUUUAUGGUUCUUCUUCCUGUUUUCUUUUUACUCUGAGUCCACAGUAUGGGGUCUACACACCAACCAUGUACAAUGAAAACUUCAUGUACCUCAACCAAGGACAGGCAACUCUACUUAAUGGACUGGGAAUGGGAGGACAGAUGGACUAUUUUGGAUUGUGGAUAGACAGCAGCUUUAACCAUGGCCACAGUAAGGCCAAGCCUAAGUGUACAACGUAUGGCAGUCCUCAACUGUCAGCUGACCCAGAGUUUGAGGUGGACGUUAUUGAAGUCUGGGCCCUGGGUCCAGAGAAGAAGAGCGAGGAUAGUGAUGAGGAAGGGGAGAAAACUGAAACAAAGAAGAGCAUCUUACAAAGUGAUCCAGAGUCAAAGGCUAUGAUGGAGUUACUGGGGAAGACUCAGGCGAGCGAGGGAUUCCGGGAACAUGACGAUGACGACAACGAUCAAUCCGAGGAAAUGAAGAGGAAAAUGAACACCAUCCCCAAACUUCUAUAG